CAACUCCGGAGUUCACUUCCUCGCUCAUCCUCCUACCCGAUCCAUGAGCAGUGAAAGUGUGGACGCAUGUAUGCGAAGGACGUGUGUGUGAUGAGACUUCAUGGGAGUGCUUUAGUGACAGAAGGAGUGUAAUUUCUUCACCUUAGAUUGGAUUGCUUUCCUCCAAACAAGUCGAUGGUUCGGCUAAUGAAUCCCCGGCUGUGCUUGCUCUGGUGCGGGGGAGCAGUGCUGGUGCUCCUGCUGCUGUUGGCAACGAGGCCCAAGGAAGAUGAGAUGGAAGGCUUCGGAGACCCCGUCAAAGGGGCAGCCAGGGCUCUCCACCAGGCGGCUGCGGCUCUCCUCCCCCCGCCCCCAGGAGUUUCUCCACCCCUCCUCCAGAAACCGCAGGAUGCCGACAGAACAGCAGCGGGAGCUAGCAGCUGCGCCCGAGGCAAGUGGAUCGAGGGGCUACCACCUUUAUAUAUCAUAACCCCAACGUACCCACGAGCAGAACAGGUCCCCGAACUCACGCGAACGGCUCAAACGCUCAUGAACGUACCCAAUGUGGUGUGGAUUGUGUCAGAAGACGCGCCUGUGCCUACCCAAGCGGUCGUCAACUAUCUAAAUGAAACUGGCCUGAAGACGGUCUACCGAAGAGUAAUGAUGCCAGAUAGAUAUCAGAAGGUAAAAAACAAGCCUCGCGGCGUCGCCAAUCGGUUAUCUGGCCUGGAAUACAUCAGAGAAAAUGCAAAGGACGGUGUAUUCUACUUUGCUGACGAUGACAACACGUACGAUAUAAAGCUCUUUGAACAGAUGAGAUGGACACAGAGAGUAUCAAUGUUUCCUGUUGGAUUGGUGACAAAGCUUGGAGUGUCGUCUCCCAUAGUCCGUGAUGGAAGAGUAGUGGGCUUCUAUGAUGGCUGGAUAUCUAAACGGAGAUUCCCAUGUGAUAUGGCUGGGUUUGCAGUCAAUGUCCAGUAUUUUCUUGAGCGACCAAAAGCCACAAUGCCUUUUAAGGUGGGCUUUGAAGAAGAUGGAUUUUUAAGAAGUUUGGGAAUAAAAGCACAUGAGAUAGAACCACUAGCAUUUAACUGCACAAAGAUUUGGGUAUGGCAUACACAGACCAAGAAAAAUCAACCUGCGUUACCAGUAGUUCAGAAUAAGAUGACAGUGGGAACAAACUUGGACGUCCUUAAAACUAAAUUGUGGAGAGGCAACGGAACAACACAAGGAAAAGUACCCAGUAAUGGUAUUAAGAUGGUGUAAAUAAAUCUCUCUUAUCCAGUUUUAGAGUUGUCAAGAAUUUGUGAUAAUACAUGGUACAGUACUGUAAUCAUUAUUCACAGCACAGUUUAGAUGUCUUCCAAUUGUGUACAUAUGCUAAUCACAAAGUGCCUUUGGUGACCAAGAAUUGUUCCUAUUAGCGGAUAUUCUAAAUGUCACUCUGUUGUAUAAUAAAUCUGAUUUCAAUUGUA